CGAAGGUUACAGAAGAAAAUUCGUGUGAAUGGUAGAAAUACCGAGAAGAUUCUCUUCGAUGUUCUAGAUUGUUCCAUUGCAUCUUGGAAUAUACUGGAAGUGAAGUGGAAUGCAAAUUUUUUGGAAAUCUUGAUACGAGAAAAAAAAACGUUAAGCAUGUGUUCUAGCGAAAGGGAAUCAGAUAUGACGGACCGGGUGCCGGCCUUCCUGCGCAAGCUGUGGAAGAUAGUGGAGAACCCGGAGACAGACAGCAUGAUUCGCUGGAGCAACGAGGGAAAAUCGUUCAUAGUGCUGGAUGCCUCAGAGUUUGUGAAGGUGAUGCCGUUAUGGUACAAGCAUGGCAACAUGGCCAGUUUCAUCCGGCAGCUCAACAUGUAUGGUUUCCGGAAGGUGGUGACCCUGGAUAAUGGAAUGACCUCCGGGAACACCAUGGAGUAUUCUCACCCUCAUUUCGUCAAGUCCUGUCCGAGCCUCAUCGAGAACAUCAGGAGACUGGUGAGGCCGAAGCGGGGCAGCGUGCCGGUGGGCCAGGUGCUGUCGCAGCUGCAGGAGGCGAGCAGCGCGCAGGAGAUGCUGUCCGCACAGCUGCAGCUGAUGCGCUCCAAGCACGUGCAGCUGGCCAGCGAGCUGGAAGCCCUGCGCAAGGUCGCGCUCGCCAGGAACCAGCCCGACUCGGCAGCUGGGGAGACGCUCAGCGGUGGAGCCGACCACUCGGCGGGGAGCCCCGCUGGCCCCACCCCGGUCGGCAGCACAGCCGGCGCGGAGCUGGGCGGGCUGCUGGCGAGGGAGGCGCGUGCGCGGCUGGACCUGGUGGAGCUGCAGCGCUCGUGGAUGGCGCGCGAGCACGCCCUGCGCGUGCGCGAGCUGGAGCUGUGCGUGGGCACGGAGAAGGCGCGGGCGGAGCGCGAGGCGGCCGAGUGGUCGCUGUGCAUGCGCAGCCGCGACCAGAAGCUGGCCAACCUGCGGCUGGGCAACGACAUCCUGCGCGAGGAGCUGCGCUUGCUGCACCACUGACUGCUACUCAGUCACUGAUGCCUGGAGACCUGCACAUACCCUUGUACACUCGGGAAAAUAACGCAAGUUCGUUGGCUGCCGACUUGUGAGUCGUCUCAGCUGGUUUGUCUGCGAUUCCAUCCUUCUUUGGUUGAGGGUUUAUAACUGGUUGAGAUCCGUCCAGGUGAACAGUAAACCAAUAGCAAAAUUAUCUAAGAGGUAUAUGUGUUUGAAUUCAAGCCUACUGCCGAAAGAAUCCGCGAAUUUUGCAAGUCUCUACUAAUGUAUAGAGACCUGAAAAAUUGCGGAUUCAUUUCAUGUCAUGCUACAAUUGAAAUAAUUAUACCUGAGUGCUGUUUCUGCCAUUGGUUAAAAGUUAAAUGAGGGCCAAUUAGAGACCCUCACUCAUAGAAGUGUCGAAUCACAGGCUGCCCAGUCGAGACGACUCACAAGUCAACAGCCAAUCAACAGUUGGCAUUUGCCCGAGUGUGUAGAGGAUAGUGGAGUCUAUCCAUGGAGGUCAUUGAACCCGCAAAUUUUUUCCAGUCUCUACUAAUAUAUACGUUAUACAUAAGUACCGUAUUUACUCGCAUAUAGGUCGCGGCAAUUUUACCAGAUUUGAUGGGAAAAAAAUGAAGUGUGACCGAUAUGUGAAGAAAAUUUUUUAAAAAUUUUUGAGGAAUUUUUUUUGCAAUAUUUUGCUUUAAAAUGCGAAAAAGAAGUUUAUAUAGGUAUAGGCAAAUUGAUUUACAAUGUACACAUACAGCGAAACCCCUUAUUUACGUUACCGUUAUUUACGUUUUCCCGUUAUUUGCACUAUAUUCUUCAGGUCCCGUUUGGUUCCCAUUUAGUCCAAUACAAUACUUUCACGCAAAUUACGACUUAAAAAUCGAAUUCAUCCCGCUAUUUACGUCACGUAACAACCAUAAACAACCAGAAAAUACCGUGGAUACUUUAAGAGUAGAUAAGAUUAGCUAGUAGGCCUAAAAACACUAAAAACAUAGUGAAAAACGUAACGUUUAUAGUCAGCAAUGAACAUUUUAAAUCGCAAAAUAUAUAUAUUUUAUAACAUGAAAAGUUGCUCUUAUUUCUAAACAUGUAAUAAUUUAAGCCUAGGCGUGUAAAAGUCCGAGUAAUUAUAGCAGGAGACAAUCUAAAAUGCACGAGGGAAAAACGUAAACUCACGAAUGUAUGAACGUGGCUGAUUGUUAAUUUCUGAUACUGUAUUUAUGUCAUAACUUAGCCGAAAUACUGGUACGAGACAAACUUCACAAGAUAAAAUGAGCGGAGUCUUGGUAACUGUUUUAUACAUAUUUUAUAAUUUCGGAAGUAUUGUACAGUUGACGCAUGUUUUUUAAACUAACAAUUUAUUUCUGGGGAUCGUAAUUAAUUAAUUAUUGGUAUCAAGACAUCAAGAUGGACGUAAACUUGAACAUGUCACGGCAGCGAGAAAACUGGUGCGUAUACCAGUAAACUGGUAUUAGAACUGGACAAAACCGGUACACGGGAGGUGGAGCUUAUAUUUUUUUCUGCUAAGCUCGUACCUAUUGGCUGGCUGCUGAUGCAACGGUCACGAGUCUGGGCGGAGCGUUGAGUGAGUUAUACUGCGCAUGCGCAGCUCAGUGAACAAAGAGAGCCAGCAGGCGCGCCGUAAGAGCAGCUGAUCGAGUACAAUGACCUUAAAUACCAAAUUCAAGACCUCAAAUUAUGGGUGCGACCUGUCUGCGAUGGCGACUUAUAUGCGAGUAAAUACGGUAUCUACUAUAUGAUGUCUGAAGCUGGAACUGGUUCCCGUUUGUGGAGCGUGGAGCCAAUUUACAACUGACCGCCCUAACAUCACUGUGCGAGUCACCAGAGUGAGCGAGUGAUUGCACUCGGUGUUGUUGACACACCUUCCAGGACGGUGUUACCAGUGCGAGGAGGUGGCAACCACCCGGCUGUGACUACGAGUGUGCGACCGAGUGGCAACGCAGCUGCCUCAAGUCCCAUCAUGCAUUUAUAGGACUGUCUCAGACUGAAGAGACUGUGUUCGUGUGAGUGAUGUCUCAGACUGAAAGAUUGUGUGAGUGUGAGUGAAAUAUUUAUUAGACGGGAAGAACUUAACUGAAGGAAAAGGAUUGAUAUUAAAUUAUCUUUACGGAUUAAGCAGGUGAUUGGUAUUUAUAGAGAUGCUAGAACAGGUCUCUCUUUGUGUCAGAUCUCAUUUCCAAAUAGUAUCUGCAUGAGUUAAUAUAUUAUUACAAACUAUUUUUAUAUGUUUUUUUUUUUUAAAUUUAAUUUUUGAUAGGGAUAAAUUUUAUAUAAAAAAAAUUAUACUAUUCUAUCAAUUUAAGUUUAUGCUUGACUACAAUUUACAAUUGCUUAUGGUUAUGAAUCUCAAUUGACUGUAGUUUUUGUAAAUAUGUUUUUCUGUGCUCAUUGUUCCAGUAUUUGUACUUUACAAGUUGUAUUAUGGCACCAUGAAUGAAAAAAGUUAAAUCCAUAAUCUUGCAAUUCUUAAAAUUCUAUAAAUAUUACUGUAAUAUUGUUUGUAAAGAUUACUUUCUCUAAACAUUUGUAAUUAAAGGUAGUAAAAUAAUGUGAAUAGAAGCAGCAGGGUGAAUAGAAAAAUCUUUUUUUCGUAGAAUUGUUACAUACAAAAAUCUUUAAUGAAAAUCUCUUACAUAAUGAUGUUAGAAAAUAGCUUAGGAAAAAAAAAUAGUUAAAGAAUCAAUUAUAUAAAAAAAAUUGGUUUGUCUGUAAAGUCGGUUUACGGACGAUAGUUUAACGUGACGUCAUAACAAAACAUUGAUGAAAUGAUUGAUCCAGAAGAAAAUGAAAUAUCCAAUUUGGCCUGAGACUGAGCCGUAGUAGGUUUUUGCAACCAAACCAUUUAGGCAUUAAAAAUAUGUUAUUCUUUGAGGAAGUUAUUUUUUUUUAAAUUUUUCUAUCUUUUGUAUGAUAAAAUCUACCUCUGCAUACUUUUAUGAAUAAAUAGAAUCAUUUUUAUUGAAUUAUCACUAUUUUGUAUGGAUACAAAGAAGGAGUGAAAUGAAAUCUACAAUUUAAUUGAUAAAUUUACUUUUAUUUGCAUUCAUUAAUUCAAAUAUGUUUAUUACUUUUGUAGUGUCGUGUGUGCCGUAUUUAUUUUUACAAGUACAAAAAUGAAGGUAUAGCGGCGGCGAUUCGAUCCGUCAAUCUUUGGAUUGGUAGUCAACGAUGCUAACCGCACGGCCACGAGGCCAUAUUGGUAGAGAGGGUGAAAAAUCGUAAAAACGAUAUAGCCGCGAAUUAAUGUGACUCGUUAAUUACUUGCGAUUAAAUGCGAAAAUCCCAUAUUCCUGCGAAUUGACACUAAAACGUCUCAUAAACACUUUGCCGGGCAAAACUAACAUUAAAAAUACAUUUUACGAUAAUUUUUCACGGAAAAUUUGACAUUUUAAAUGUUAGUUUUUCAUGUACAUGUAAUCAAACCCUAAUAUUUACUCUAAAAACAAACCACGCCACCAUGUUGCCAAAGAAUUGCUGCCAACACUUUUUUCGGCAUUGUCAACAACUUUACAAACAAUACGAGAGAAAUAAAAUAUGGCCGCGGUAUAUUCUCUCUAUGAAAUUAUUGAAGUUACUGCGUACGAGAUACGAGUAGUGUCGUUGAAUCUCGUAGGAAACGGUACUACGUGGUUCGAUAUAUCAAUUGACGAUUCUCGAUGUAUUUCCGUAGCGCCAUUUGCUACAGUACACAUGCGGUGUAGUAAACCUUUGCUUUGUUUUUACAGUUGGUUUUUACGCUGUUUGUAAACAAAGUGUAGUUUGUGCGGGGUUUUUUGAUAUAAAGUGCUCAAAUUUUACCAUUCA